AUGUCAAGCGGUGAACAACAAUUUCGCGAGUCGUUGCGUUCUUUUCGUUGGGCUUCUAGCUCUAACAAUGCCAAUAUUUCUACUAGUAAACCUACCUCCUUUUCUCGACUUGCCGAAAACACUUCAAAUUUUUUUGGGAGCAUUGGCAAUAGGGUGCAAGGAUAUCUACCCGUAACAGCCAAUUCGGCUGAACAAGAAGAUGACUGGUUCACACUAACCAGAUGGCAGCGACUCGUUGGUUUUGGUGUAUUGUUUGCUGCCGGAGCACUUUGCUUUCUAAUUGCUUUCGUGUCUUUGCCACUUUUAGCUUUAAGACCACGAAAAUUUGUGAUCACCUACACAAUGGGCAGCUUUUUAAUUAUCUUAAGCUUUGCUCUACUUCAUGGACCAUUGGCACACCUUCGACAUAUAUUUUCUCGAGAACGUCUUCCUUUCACUAUUGCUUAUAUCGGCUCAAUGGUUGCAACUUUAUAUUUUGCGCUUGGG